ACUGCGCAAUUUGCGGUCUGCAGAACUGUAUUUUAGCAUUUAUAUAAUUUGACUGUUGGUUGCAUAUGCAGAAUUACGUAGAUAAUAUUUAUUUUCAUUGGUACGGAAAGGUUAUUAUUAUUAACGUUGGUUGCAACUGUGAUUGCAAUUAUUGAAAUCUGUUGUACAUGAAGAUUGAUUAUUAAAUAGAUUAAGUGAUACUGUUAAUAUUUCAAGAUGACAUGUUUAAAAUUAUUUCAAGUACUGCCAAAGGUUUUAAAUGUACCUUUGAGUAGAAGUAAAUAUUAUUCUGUUUAUAAAGAAGCCACAGAUAAAAAAGAAUCAUGGUCCGAUCUCACUGACAGAACAGUGAAUACAGCAUUUCUCACAGAAAUUGCUCGAGGGAUGGCAAUUACGUUGUCCUAUUUAUUUAGAGAACCAGCAACAAUAAAUUACCCAUUUGAAAAGGGUCCUUUGAGUCCACGAUUUAGAGGAGAGCAUGCAUUAAGAAGAUAUCCUUCUGGAGAAGAGAGAUGUAUUGCAUGUAAACUAUGUGAAGCGAUUUGUCCAGCACAAGCUAUUACCAUUGAAGCUGAAGAAAGAGCCGAUGGAUCUAGACGAACAACAAGAUAUGACAUAGAUAUGUCUAAAUGUAUUUACUGUGGUUUUUGUCAAGAGGCUUGCCCAGUGGACGCAAUCGUAGAAGGUCCAAAUUUUGAAUUUUCGACAGAAACACACGAAGAAAUGUUAUACAAUAAGGAGAAGCUGCUGAAUAAUGGAGACAAAUGGGAGUCGGAAAUUGCUAGUAAUAUUCAUGCUGAUCAUUUAUAUCGUUAGACAAUUUGUAGAAUGUAGUAAUAACUUGUAUGCAGAAAAUAAAUAAUUAAAAUUAUUUAAUA